AUGCAACUGGAGAAAUUUCUUACCGCCGCCGAGGCUAUCGUGGGCUCCGAGAAUGUGUCGAGAGAGCCAACCUCUGGUGCCCCAGAGGGCCUGGAUGGGAGUGUCGCCUACGGUGAUCCAUUCCCCUUGUCUCGGCCGCACCGCCCUGGGCCAGCAGUUCGUCCCGACACGGUUGAACAAGUGCGUGAGCUUGUCCGGGCGGCGAACAGGUUCGAGGUACCCAUGUGGACAGUGUCGAGGGGAAAGAAUCUUGGAUAUGGCGGCUCUGCCCCAGUCGUAGACCGCAACGUCAUCCUCGAUUUGCACCGAAUGAACAAGAUCAUCGAGAUUAACGAAGAAUAUGCCUACGCCAUCGUGGAGCCUGGCGUGACAUUCAUACAAUUAUACGAAGAGAUCAAGAAGCGCAAGCUCAACCUCUGGAUCUCUGUCCCGGCCAUUGGAUGGGGUUCCGUGGUUGGAAAUACCUUGGAGCGAGGUAUUGGUUACACGCAGGAUGCUGCCCAUUACAAGCACCAGUGCGGCAUGGAGGUCGUCCUCCCUGAUGGUGAUUUGCUGCGAACUGGUAUGGGUGUUGUGGAGGACAGCAAGGUGUGGCCGCUGUAUUCAGGGGGCUUUGGGCCCGGGUUGGAUGGUCUGUUCUUCCAGUCAAAUUAUGGCAUUGUCACGAAGAUGGGGAUUCAAUUCUCCCCUGCCCCCGAAGCCUACACUAGAAUUCUCGUCGAAGUCCCCGAGGAACAAGAUUUGGCGCCGCUGGUUGGCACCAUGACUGACCUGAUGCGCCGGCGCAUUGUGGCCAACCCUCCACAGCUGUAUGGCAGGAUGACUCUGAUCAUCGGUGCAGCGCGUCGCGACCCCGAGAUUGCCAAAAUCUUGGGCGAGCACGGCAACUUUGCACGUCACAUCCCUCAUGAUCUUAUCAGCAAGGUUUCCUCCAUCCUGGGAUUGCCAGCCUGGUGUGCAGGUUUCGCUCUCUAUGGUCCCCCAGAAGCCCAGGCGGGCCUUUUGGAAGCUGUCAAGCGGCGCUUCAAGCAGGUCAAGGGCGCAAAGGUUACACAUGAGACUUUUAAUGCCGUGCCUGGCGAGUAUCUCAGAAGCGAGGAUGUCACACAAGACUUCCUCCCUCAGAGCGGAGUUCCUUCCAUCGAUCAUGUUUUGGCCUUCUCGUCAAAAGAGGACGGUCUCUGGCACAACUGCUACUCCCCUGUCCUACCACCCUCGGGCCGCGAGCUGUACGAGUGGUACGUCAGGGCCAAGAAGAUCACCGAGGAUCACGAUCUUAAUUUCCUUGCCGAUUUUCACGUCUUCGACAGAUACAUCAUAAGCAUUAAUUUGAUCAUGUUCCAUCCCUCAGCCAAGGCCCGACUGCACGAUGUCCAGCACGCUCUCAUGGAGGACUCCAAGAAGCUGGGCUAUUUGGAGUACCGCACCCACAUCAGCUUCAUGGAUGCUACGGCGGCUCACCAGACGUUUAAUAACGGUGCAUUUGGGAGAUUUACCACCAUGUUGAAGGAUACUAUUGAUCCCAACGGAAUUUUGAGUCCAGGGAAGCAGGGUAUUUGGAACUCGACGGCGAAGUUGGAAAGACUGGGGCUUGAGGAGAAGUAG